CUGGAUUGCAGCGCGGUCCAGUCUGCUGCUGGUGGAAGCGAACCUGGCAACCUGGCACAGCGCGUACGGAGACCGACUGGCAAUCUUGCAAUGCGGAAAUAGAUCUGCCACCCACUCCCCCUUGCCCCCCCACCCUCCCCCCCGAGCGCGGACCGAGGAGAGAGGCGUGACGGAGCGAGCAGAGAGGAGAGGGCAUUGCGUUGAAAAAGAGAGAUAAAAUAAUCAACUCUUUCUUUUCCUGUGAGGUUUUUUUUUUUUUUUUUUUUUUUUUAAAUGAAAGCGCUCAGGUGCGCUCAUCUGCAGCGGCUCGGAUUUGCUUUCUCUCGGCACUUGUUUUUGUUUUUUCCAACCUGACAAGUCUGAGAAGAAGAAGGAGGAGGAGGAGGAGGAGAGAAGAAGUGCGUUUCUAAUCGUUUGGAUUCCGGACUUCUGUGCUGACUUUUCCUGUUUGUUUUUUUUGUUUUUUUUUUGCAUUAAGCAUGGAUGUGUUGGCGAAUUACAGUAUUUUCCAGGAACUCCAACUCGUUCAUGACACUGGUUAUUUCUCCGCGAUGCCUUCCCUGGAGGAGAACUGGCAGCAGACAUGUCUCGAGUUGGAGCGAUACCUACAGACGGAGCCCAAGCGACUCUCUGAGCUCUUUGAUGAGGAGCUGGACGGCCUCUUAACGCCUUCCUUCAUGCAGGGGGGAGACAGUGAUGAGGACCUGAUGGAUCCCCUCCUCCCCGGCCUCCCUGACCAACCCAGCCCACCUCCACUACUGGUAUCUCUCCCCAAGGUCCAGGCCAAAAUCCUGCAGGUGACCAACUCUAGCAAGACUCAAGCAGAGGUAGGGGCUGAAACCCUCUCACCAAAGGACCAUGUCCUGGCGGGAGUCAGUGCCGCACAGCUCAGCGCCGCCGUUACAUCCCUAACACCGCCAUCGUCACCGGAGCUCGGCCGCCACCUCAUCAAAUCCACACAAACACUGACCGCGACGGCGGACGGCACGCUAACGCUCAAAUUUGUGGCGAAGAAGGUUGGGUUGGGGGCGGCCAAACUGGUGGCAGCGCAAGCGCUACCGUCGCCGCCGGGCCGGGGAGGAGCCCUCAGUGAUGGCGAGCAGGGAGGAGGAGGAAGUCUGGGAGGAGAGGUGCCAGAGAACAAAAAGAGAGUCCACCGGUGUCAGUUUAAUGGCUGCAGGAAGGUUUACACCAAGAGCUCCCAUCUGAAGGCACACCAGAGGACUCACACAGGUGAGAAGCCCUAUAAGUGCUCAUGGGAGGGCUGCGACUGGCGUUUCGCCCGCAGCGACGAGUUGACGCGACACUACCGCAAACACACCGGCGCCAAACCCUUCAAGUGCAACCACUGCGACAGGUGUUUCUCUCGGUCGGACCACCUCGCCCUGCACAUGAAGAGGCACAUCUGAGGGCAAAAAGAGAAGGAGAAGGAGAAGGAGAAGAAGCAAGAGGAGAAAUUGGAGCAGGAGGAGGAGGAGGAGAUAGGAGGAGAGAGGGAUGGGCAGUCGAGCUACCAACCGCCCGCCUCGUUCACCCCGUCCAUAAACCAGCCGGCGGCCACGGCGCCUGCAGGGCGUCCACCUGAGAGGGAGAUCAAAACGGAGCGACGGCCCUCUCGCUGGAGGCUGCGACCGGAGGGGAAACGAGGAGUAGCUAGAUUGUUGUUUUUUUCUUUAAAAACUACACACUCGCAAUAGUGAACACCCAACACACCCGUCUUUGAAUGCAUCAUCCCGGUGAACCCCGGCUGCUCUCAUGUGGCUCUGGGGACUUGGACACUGCCAAACCAACAUGUACUUAUCUUACUUAACGCCGCUUAUUUUUCUUUCUCUGUAGUCAGUGUGUUUAAACCAUGAAGUCACUUUAGGUGAGGAGAUAGUUCAGUGGGGAAAACUUUAAAUAUCCAUGUAGUCAGUUGUUAGUGCUUUACCGGCUUUUGAAAUCAAAUACUCAACUUUUGUCAUUGCUUCUUUUUUUCUUCAAUAUUUCUCAUACACGGAACUUUAGAAACCAUCAUCUGCCGCAGUCAGCUUCAGUAAUCUAUGUGAAGAAAACAACAACAAAUCUGCAGGAGAGAGACUGUCCGACUUGACUGAUUGUCACAGCUGACAAUCAGGGCCCGGAUGCUGGGUGCUUUUUCGGAGCACCCAUGGGGGCCUCGGUCAGCGGGCGCUGCUGCAGCUCUCAGGCUCUCCUCCGGUGGGUGUUCGCUUCUCUCACCUAGGCUGAGACGCCUGGCGCCUCCGCAGGACAUCUGACAGAAAUGCGCAGCGACACUUUCUUCCCUUUUUUUCUACUUAGAGGACGAUAAUUCUUCUUAUUGUGGUAAUUGCAAAGAAUGACACUUUGUUCUUGUUUCUCUCUUUGGAGAAAACGUCUUAAAACUCACUAAAUUGUGUUUGAGGGAAAAAAAAAGGAAAACUGAAAAAAAAAUCUUUUGGAUGACAUCAACCGAAUGUGUGGGAUGAGAAGGAGAGCCUUGUUGGUCUUUCAAUCCCCAUGUGCACUGGCUCUGUUUCUGCAGCAACCAGUGGAUGAACAGAAAAAAGAAGGAAAAAAAAGAAACAGACUCAUACCAACACUUUGGAUUUGUACUUUUUUGGACUGAAAUAAAAGCAGAGAGGUCUUCAGGUUUUGUUUGUUUUCUUCAGUGCUGCUCUUUCCGCCCUGCGACUCACUCCAGCUGGGAGUCGAAACCGCUUGUGUGACCCUUCGUGGUCUCGCACUCUUACCGGAGUCGGGCGGAGGACUCGCUGGGAAAAAAAUGGAAAACCUGUUUUCUCCUCUUUCUUUUGCUUUUUUUGUUGAUUCUGAGAGUCGUCCUGGAGCUCUUUCACAGACUCCGAGAUCUCAUCUCGCCGGGCAGCACCGCGUGGGCACGACGAGCGAACGCUAAGGAGCUGCUUUUUGCUCACUGGCGUGGGACUCGAGGCGCCAACCCGAACACUUUGUGCGGCGGUGCCGAACGGACGCGGUCACAUCGGCCCCGGUCGAAUUUGCCUGUUUUCGUAUCCAUUGACUGCACUGACUCUCUCUUCUUUUUUUGUUUUCAAUGUUAUCUGUGCUUUUUCUUUUCUUUUUCUUUUUUCUUUUUUUAUACAGCUGAAAGAAAAUGAACUCAAAGAAAAAAAAAAACCUCAUAAAAAGUCUUGGGGAAGAAAAGAAAAGAAAAAAAAAAACGACACAAAAAAACUCUUCUGUCUCACGCUACACAUUGUAUAGAGAACAAGAACACACACUCCGUCUACACACAGACUUACACUGCGGUUUCUUUGCUCACGGCUCCUCUUGAGAUAAGACUAAUAAGAUUUAGAAAAAUAAUUAAUAAACGAAUGAACAGA